UAUCAGCUUGAAUGCAGGUUUCCUGAAGGCAUGCGCGAUUGCAGCCUGAUAUCUUGGAGUGAAGUUGUGGAGCAGUGUGGCAGUGAGGUGUGUGUGCGGUGUUUUCACAUAAAGAUGAUAACUCUGCUGUUUACCAGCGUUGUAGCAGGACUGCUGGCUCUUCUCCUCUACCAGAGGGUGGCUUAUCCCUUCUUCUGGCUGGAUUUGAUUUAUUACUUGAAACUUCGGGGGUACAGGAAGACGUUGCAUGCUCGUAUGCAGCAAGGAAUCAUCACAUACCUCGACUGUUUUCUCUACCAGGCGAGGAGGAACCCGAACAAACCCUUCAUCAUCUUCGAAAAGCAGACUCUGACAUACCAAGAUGUGGACAAGAGAAGUAACCAGUUUGCGAACGCGUUUCGGACGGAGGGUUCUCUGAAACAGGGAGACAUUGUGGCUCUGUUGAUGUUCAACGAACCGGAUUUUAUUUGUGUGUGGCUGGGGCUGUGUAAACUGGGCUGUGAAGUCGCUUUUCUCAACGUCAACAUUAAAGCCAAAUCUGUGCUCCACUGCUUUCAGACCUGUGGAGCCAAGACGCUUGUUGUUGGCGCAGAUUUGGUGCAUUUGGUGGAGGAGAUGCCACCAGAUCUGAAGGACAACAUAGCCAUGUGGGUGGUGGAUCACAUGUCACCUUCUGAGGAAUUUAGAAGUUUACUGGAUAAGGUGGAACACAUGUCUGGAGAAACCUUAAGUGACCUUCCUAACGUUGACAUCAUGUCAAACUUUCUCUUCAUUUUUACUUCAGGCACUACAGGUCUGUCCAAGGCAGCCCGUGUAGGUCAUCUGAAAGCCAUUGUGAGCAUGGCCUUCUUUGAAAUGUGUGGAGCCACAGCUGAUGACAUCAUCUACAUCACCCUUCCUCUUUACCACAUGUCUGCUUCUUUGUUAGGGGUCGGAGGAUGCAUACACCUUGGUGGAAAGGAGAGAAUGUUUCUACCACAGAGGUGUCCGAGGUUUUAGGUCUUGUUGAUUUUAUCCAGGAGGCCAACAUCUAUGGAGUCACUAUACCAGGAUAUGAAGGUCGAGCAGGUAUGGCUGCUGUUGUCUUAAAACAGGAUCACCAGUUAAAUGGAACAAAACUCUACAACCAUUUAGUGAAAACACUUCCUGCAUAUGCCUGGCCGUGGUUUCUCAGAGUACAGACCUCUCUAGAUGUGACCGAGACAUUCAAGCAGCAGAAGGUGAAGCUGGUUCAGGAGGGGUUUAAUCCAGACAUCACUAAGGAUCCUCUGUAUUUCUUGGACGUCUCUCAGAAGGACUAUGUCCUCCUGACUGCAGCUCUAUAUGAAGACAUUGUGUCAGGAAAGAUACAUUUGUAAAGAUAGUCCAGGCUGUGGCCACAUUUAAAUUUUUCUGGUUUGGAUCAGUGCCACAGUGAGGGGUUCCCAACAAAGCUGUAUCUACCCCUUCUUACAGUUUGUAAAUGUCAACCAGUUGUGAGCAACCAACAACUAAUUCUUCUCCCUCACACUGAAUAUUUUUUAUCAGCCUGAAGAGUAAAAUUUGUCGCAUAAUUUACAGGAACAGAACUCAAAAUUGAAAAAAUGUUAAACAUUUGUCAGCCCCUCUGUGUGUAUGGUGUGUGUGUGCGCAGCCCAACCACGAUUUAGUCAUGACAAACCACCACCUUAAGCAAACCUUAUUGUAAAAAUAGUGGCCAAAUCCUGUAUUUACCCCAACUUCCUUUACCUUUAUUAGAAACAGAAUUAUAUCAAAGACAGGUCUUUAUUUCUUUAUUUCCCCUGUUUUCUAAGUAUAUUCAAUCAUAUUUUAAUGAGAAGCCUUCCUUUGUCCCAGUCUGCUGUUUUACUUCAGUAUCAUGUCCGUUUGUCAAUUUUCACAGCCCUAAUUCCAUUGAAAGAGUUUUUUAAGCAAUAUUAAAGCUACAGUAGGUAACUUAAAAAAGAACUUUCUGUCAUAUUUACUGAGAUUUUCACUAUAUCCUGACUGAUCCUUAUCUGUGGAGAAAUUAGGUUCCUCUGGCUCCUCCUAGUGCUUCUACUGGUAUUCGCAAAAAUUAUUUUUUACUUUUAAUUGAGAAUUGAUGUUAUUUACCUUUUCAAUUGCUAUGGGAAAUUGGGUUUUCUUAGAAGAAUGGGAUGGACACAUUUAUAUUUGUUAAGUAUAAAGUAGCAAGUGCAAAUUAUACCAUAGUAUAAAAAAUAAACAGUACUAAAAAUUUAAUUGUUCUUCUCAUGGUGACAGUCUUCUGUGCUCAACUUUAAUGCAUAAUAUAAAAUUUAACAUACAUUUACAUUUAAUACUUUGUAAAACAAAAAUGUAAGGGGAAAUCAGAAACGUCAAUACAAUCCAACCUGGUCCAAAUUCCAUCUUUAGUCUGUUUGUUUAUGUUUGAAUAUAAAACUAAAAGAACAUUUCAAUGCUCUUAGAUUGUUCAAAUUUGACCAAAAGUGCUGUAAACGAUCUAGAGAUCUGAAAGGAUGAAAAUGUACCAAAACGUUUCUGUUUGUUUUUUAAAAUAAAGCCAUGGACGUACAAAUGUUGAUAAGGUAAAUGUCAUGAAUUUAUCUAUGUUAUCUAUAAAUGUGCUCAUUUUAUAACAUCUUAAGAAAUAAUGGAUAGGUCAUUCAACUUAAUGGAUAUGAAUAUUUCACACUACUGAAUAUAUAUUUAUCAGAUUUUUACUGCAGUUCAUUUUUUAUGAUACAAGUUUUAUAAUUUAGUUCAUUAUCCUGUUAUUUCUUUUCAUGAAUGAGAUUGUACACUUAGCAGAAUGAAUUUCUGUGAGUUUUUUUUCUAAAGUUGGUGGCACUAUUGAAACCAUCAGUGAAACUUGCAUAGCCCUUAGCACCAGUGACAAUUGCUGGAAUGUAUGAAUGUAAAAUGUUGACAAAAAAUAAACUUUUAUUAAUGCAUUUUUCUCUGUAAAAUGUGAAUUCUCUACCGCUUAAAUUUUCACCCGAUUUUCAAGCAUUUUUCUUUGUAACAAUGCUAGACUUAAAUCUUUGAUACAAGAUACCUGGUUAAAUGAAAAAUUCUG